AUGGCAUGUACCUGCGGUUGUGUUGCCAUCACUACGCUGGUUUUGGGUGUUUUGCUAGCGAUUGGAUGUGGUGUUGGUAUUCCGCUACUAACGACGUUCUUGAGCGGAGUAGUUGAUCAGAGGGUAGAAUUAUUACCGAAUACCACUGGUUAUAAUAAUUGGCUGCAUCCUGGCGGACCAAUUUAUAUGCAAUUUUAUAUUUUCAAUAUUGUGAAUCCAUUAGAAAUUGAGCAAGGUCAACGACCGGCUGUUGAACAAAUUGGUCCAUUUACUUAUAGGGAACAUCGUAUUAAAACUGAUGUUGUCUUCUACACCAAUGGCACUGCAUCUUACAAUGAGAAGAAGAUUUUUAUUUUUCUACCAGAUCGAUCAAUUGAUAGCGAUAAUUUUACGUUUACAACUAUCAACGUACCAUUAUUAACAACGUUGGAAAUUAUGAGGAAAGAUAAUAUAUCAGAAAAUCUUAAGAAACUCUUUUUCAAUUUCGUUUCAAACCUGCAUAACGAGGGAUUGUUUAUAAAGCGGUCAGUUAGACAGAUGAUAUGGGGCUAUGAUGACGAUAUUUUUGACUUUUUACGUGAUAUAAGUGCACUGUUGCCUAACCCAGUCAAAAUUCCGAAAGUGUUUGGAUUGCAACAAAAUGCCUCAAGUGCUGGAAUAUUUGAUGUUUACACUGGUAAAGAUGAUCCGAAAAAUUUAGGAAAGAUUGCGCGUUGGAAUGGGGAAAGUCAUUUGCAUUGGUGGAAAGACAAAUAUGCUAAUAUGAUCAAUGGAACUGAUGCCGUACAAUUUCAUCCACAUUUGACUCGGAAGGAAAUGCUAUAUUUAUUCAAUAACGAUGUAUGCAGAUCCUUAUACUCUAUUUACCACUCUGAUGUUAAACUGAAAGGCAUUAAUUUGUAUCGUUAUACUAUUCCCGGUAAAGUUUUCUUGAAUUCUUCAGCUAAUCCAGACAAUGCCGGUUUCUGUGAACCGUGCCUGGCUUCUGGACUAUUAAGUUUAUCCUCGUGCAAACAAGGGGCUCCUGUAGCUAUUUCAUCACCCCAUUUCCUUUAUGGCGAUCCUCAAUUAGUACAUAAUGUAACAGGUCUACAUCCAAACUUGGAAGAGCAUGCGACGUGGAUUGAUAUUGAUCCGAUUACAGGCUUUACCAUGCAUGCCCGGAAACGGUUACAAAUUAAUGCUGUCGUCUCGCCUGAUAAUUCGCUUAAGGGAAUGAAAAAUGUAAAAUAUGUAGUAAUGCCGAUUGUUUACCUGAACGAGAGUGCUGAGAUUGAUAAGAAGCACGUCGAUCUGUAUAACCAGCAGCUUACUAUACCAUUUCUAAUCUUUCAUAUUUUGGAGUAUGCGGUGCCUGCAUUUAGUGGAAUUCUUAUCCUAGUAUCAGCGGUGGUUCUAUUUCGUAUUAAGCGACAUGGCCGAAUUCUGCACGUGGUAGAAUUUGGUAAAUAUCGCCAGAAUGUCCUUGAUGUUGCUAAAAUAAUGACAAAACGUUUCAUUGUAAUUAUAUUUGACGAAAGUUGA